AUGCCUCGCUUCGCGGACGAUCUGCCCACCCGCUAUGGAGGAGUUGGAGGAGGAAGAGGUGGACCGGGCGCCGGGAGAGGAGGAGCCCGGGGCGGCGGCGGCGGUGGUGGUGGUGGUGGUGCUCCGGGUGGCCAGAGGAUGUACAAGCAGUCGAUGGCUCAGAGAGCCAGGACGAUGGCUAUAUACAACCCCAACCCUGUCAAACAGAACUGCUUCACCGUCAAUAGGUCCCUGUUCAUCUUCCGCGAGGACAAUCUCAUAAGGAAGUAUGCAAAGCGAAUAACUGAGUGGCCUCCAUUUGAGUACAUGAUCCUGGCCACGAUUAUCGCCAACUGCAUCGUCUUGGCCCUGGAGCAGCACUUACCCGCCGAUGACAAGACGCCGAUGUCAGAGCGCCUGGACAACACAGAGCCCUACUUUAUUGGAAUAUUCUGUUUUGAGGCCGGUAUUAAGAUCAUCGCCUUGGGCUUCGCGUUUCACAAAGGCUCCUACCUCCGCAACGGCUGGAACGUAAUGGACUUUGUGGUUGUCCUCACUGGAAUCCUGGCCACUGUGGGUUCGCAAUAUGACCUGCGGACACUGCGGGCGGUGAGAGUGCUCAGACCCCUCAAACUGGUUUCGGGAAUUCCCAGUCUCCAGGUGGUGCUGAAGUCCAUAAUGAAAGCAAUGGUUCCUCUGCUGCAAAUUGGCUUGUUGCUCUUCUUUGCCAUCGUCAUGUUUGCCAUCAUAGGAGUGGAGUUUUACAUGGGCAAGUUCCACACCACCUGCUUCAGGAUCGACAACGGUAAAAAGGCACUUGACCGGCUCUGUGGUAUGGAGCCCCCGGGCAGGACCUGUCCAAAUGGUACCGAGUGCAAAAAAUACUGGACCGGGCCCAACUUUGGCAUCACCAACUUUGACAACAUCCUGUUUGCGGUGCUUACAGUGUUCCAGUGCAUCACCAUGGAGGGAUGGGUGGACAUCCUGUACAACACCAACGACGUGGUGGGAAACGCCUGCAACUGGCUUUAUUUCAUCCCUCUCAUCAUCAUCGGCUCCUUCUUCAUGCUCAACUUGGUGUUGGGUGUCCUCUCAGGAGAGUUUGCCAAAGAGAGAGAGCGUGUUGCGAAGAGACAGGAGUUCCUGAAGCUCCGGAGACAGCAGCAGAUAGAGAGGGAGCUGACAGGCUACCUGGAGUGGAUCUGCAAAGCGGAGGAGGUGCUGUUGGAGGAGGAGGAUGAGCAUGCAGAGGAUAAGUCCCCACUGGACGGUGCGUGGUACAAGAAGAAACAGAAAAUCCCAGUGCUGAAACGAGGCAAAGCCAAGAAGGGUAAGAACGACCUGAUCAGUGCAGAGGAAGGGGAGGAUCCUUUCACAGACAUUUCUUCUGUUGCUCCCCCUGGCUCUCCAUUUGGCCGGGCCAGUGUGAAGAGCAGCAGUAAAAUGGACAGCUCCUCUUAUUUCCGCCGCAAGGAGAAGAGGAUUCGUUUUUUCAUCCGCCGCAUGGUCAAAGCCCAGAGCUUUUACUGGAUAGUGCUGUGUCUGGUGGGCCUGAACACUCUGUGUGUGGCUAGUGUGCACUAUGACCAGCCAGAGUGGCUUACAAGGGCUCUCUACGCUGCAGAGUUUGUGUUCCUUGGGUUGUUUCUGACAGAGAUGACCUUGAAGAUGUACGGCCUAGGAGCAAGGAACUACUUCCAUUCCUCUUUUAAUUGCUUUGACUUUGGGGUCAUUGUGGGGAGUAUUUUUGAGGUCAUAUGGGACAUGAUAAAACCAGGAGCAUCCUUUGGUAUCAGUGUCCUGAGGGCCCUGCGACUGCUCAGGAUAUUCAAGGUCACCAAAUACUGGAACUCCUUGAGGAAUCUGGUCGUUUCUUUACUCAACUCCAUGAAGUCCAUUAUCAGCUUGUUGUUCCUCCUCUUCCUCUUCAUUGUGGUCUUCGCCCUGCUUGGCAUGCAGCUCUUUGGAGGACGGUUUAACUUUGAAGAUGAGACACCAGCGACAAAUUUUGAUACCUUCCCGGCUGCCAUUCUAACUGUUUUCCAGAUUCUGACUGGCGAGGACUGGAACGCAGUUAUGUACCACGGGAUCGAGUCUCAAGGGGGUGUGAAACGGGGAAUGUUCUCCUCCUUCUACUUCAUCAUCCUCACUCUUUUUGGAAACUACACCCUCCUAAAUGUCUUCUUGGCUAUCGCUGUUGAUAACCUUGCAAAUGCACAAGAGCUAACCAAGGAUGAAGAGGAGCAGGAGGAAGCAGCCAAUAAGAAGCUUGCCCUGCAGAAGGCUAUGGAGGUGAAAGAAGUUAGUCCUAUGUCAGCGGCCAACAUCUCGAUCUCCGCUUUUGUAAAGCAAAAUCGAGAUGCGCUCUCGCGCAGGUCGUCAGUCAACAGCGUACAGUCACUCAAGGAGCAGCAGCGGUCAGCAAAGGCGAUGUCGGUGUGGGAACAGAGGACCAACCAGCUGAGGAGACACAACGUAAGGGCCAGCAGCGAGGCGCUGUUCAAUGAGCUCGACCCUGAAGAGCGCCUCCGUGUCUCCUCAGCUCUCCACUUACAUCCCGACAUGAAGACCCACCUGGAUCGUCCGCUUUUGGUAGAGGCCAGGAAUGGGGACAAAUCCAGACUCCCGGAAAGACAUGGGGAAGAGGCGGAAGACGUCCGGCAGGACACGGCAGGAGAGCCUCACCACAUACGUUACAGGAAACACCACCGCGCCCGCGACCGCAGCGGUGAGAAUAACAGGGAGGCGGGGGAAGGCCGGGGUGGCAGGCACCACACCCACCACAGCCAUGGCAGAGACCGCCCCGAUGGCCCACAGGCUAAAGAGGGGAGAGGGGAGCGGAGCCGCAGCCAAGAGAGAGGGCAGGGACAUAGGCAGCACCACCAGGGGGGCUCCCAAGAAGGCGGGCUGAAUGAAGUACGAGGAGGGGAGGAGAGGGAACAUCGGCAUCACCACUCCCACCGCCAGUCCAAAGAGGGCAAUGGGGCCCUGGCAAACGGAGCCAGAGGGGAGCGCAGGGGGAGAGGAGUGAGGGAGGGGGGAGGGGAGGGUCACGGAGAGAGAAAGGGCCGCUGCUCUCGGAUGGUCACAGCCCACUCUACUGUUGAUGGUGACGAAUGUAAAUGGAACGGAGACAGAAAUGGAGCAAAGACUCAGAGGGACAGACAGCCAGAUGCUGAGGAGGAUGGCAUUGCCUCCAGUCUUACGCAGCCAUUUGUGAGUCCCGGAGAGAAGCAAGAGGAUGCUGACAACCAAAAAAACUCUACCAGGGCCAGCCAGGCGGGGCUCAACAGCAACAUGAUUCACAUCCCUGUCACCAUCACUGCCCCAACCAGAGAAACCACCAUCAUCCCCAUGAAUAACGUAGAUGGUGAAAACAUCCCACUCUCAGAGGAAAAGAAGGAUCUGGAAGAACAAGAGGCUAAUGGACCUCGGCACAUCCUUCCCUAUAGCUCGAUGUUCAUCUUCGGACAGACCAACCCGGUGCGGAGACUAUGCCACUAUGUGGUGAACCUGUGUUACUUCGAGAUGUGCAUCCUGAUGGUCAUCACGAUGAGUAGCAUCGCUCUGGCGGCAGAGGACCCCGUGCAAGCCAAUGCCCCGCGCAACAACGUUCUCAAGUACCUGGACUAUGUCUUCACUGGAGUCUUCACCUUUGAGAUGGUGAUUAAGAUGAUUGAUUUAGGUUUGCUUCUCCACCCCGGCUCUUAUUUCCGUGACCUGUGGAACAUUUUGGACUUCAUUGUGGUCAGUGGAGCUCUGGUAGCCUUUGCCUGCUCAGGGACCAAAGGCAAGGACAUCAACACAAUCAAGUCCCUCAGGGUUCUCAGAGUCCUCCGGCCCCUGAAGACCAUCAAACGUCUACCAAAGCUCAAAGCUGUGUUUGACUGUGUCGUGAAUUCUCUGAAGAACGUCCUCAACAUCCUCAUCGUCUACAUCCUCUUCAUGUUCAUCUUUGCCGUGAUUGCUGUGCAGCUCUUUAAGGGCAAGUUUUUCUACUGCACAGAUGAGUCCAAGGAACUUGAGAAGGACUGCAGGGGACAGUUCCUGGACUAUAACAGGGAGGAUGUGGCAGCUCAGCCCAGGGAGUGGAAGAAGUACGAGUUUCACUACGACAACAUUCUGUGGGCCUUCCUCACACUUUUCACCGUCUCAACUGGAGAGGGCUGGCCAAUGGUCCUGAAGCACUCUGUGGAUGCAACCUACGAGGACCAGGGCCCCAGCCCGGGUUUCCGGAUGGAGACGUCUAUCUUCUAUGUUGUCUACUUUGUGGUUUUCCCCUUCUUCUUCGUCAACAUCUUUGUGGCUUUGAUCAUCAUCACCUUCCAGGAGCAGGGAGACAAGGCCAUGUCGGAGUGUAGCUUGGAGAAGAAUGAGAGGGCUUGCAUUGAUUUUGCCAUCAACGCCAAGCCACUGACAAGAUAUAUGCCCGCAAAUAAGCGGUCUUUCCAGUACAGGAUGUGGAAGUUCGUGGUGUCACCCCCAUUUGAAUAUGCAAUCAUGACCAUGAUUGCUCUCAACACUGUGGUUCUGAUGAUGAAGUUCUAUGAAGCUCCGGCUCUAUACGACGCGAUGUUGAAAUACCUAAACAUCAUCUUCACGGCACUCUUCACGCUGGAGUGCAUCCUCAAGAUUAUUGCAUUUGGCCCGCUGAACUACUUAAAAGCAGCAUGGAACGUGUUUGACUUUGUGACGGUGGUUGGGAGCAUCACAGACAUCUUGGUCACUGAGAUUAAGACGGACAAGCGCAUUAAUCUGAGCUUCCUGAGGCUGUUUAGGGCCGCCCGGCUUAUCAAGCUGCUCCGGCAAGGUUACACCAUCCGUAUUCUCCUUUGGACUUUUGUUCAGUCCUUCAAGGCCCUGCCUUAUGUCUGCCUGCUUAUCGCCAUGCUUUUCUUCAUCUACGCCAUCAUUGGCAUGCAGGUGUUUGGGAAUAUUGAGCUGAAUGAAGACACAGCCAUCAAGCACCACAACAACUUCCAGACCUUUUCCCAGGCCUUGAUGCUUCUCUUCAGAAGUGCGACAGGCGAGGCGUGGCACGAGAUCAUGUUAGCGUGCCUAAGUAAUCGGCCGUGUGAUAAGCUCUCGGGCAUUGGGGGGAAGGAGUGCGGGAGCGACUUUGCGUACUUCUACUUCGUCUCGUUCAUCUUCCUCUGCUCUUUUCUGAUGCUUAACCUGUUUGUGGCUGUCAUCAUGGACAACUUUGAGUACCUGACAAGGGAUGCCUCCAUUCUGGGACCUCAUCACUUGGACGAAUUCAUCCGCGUGUGGGCAGAAUAUGACCCCGCUGCAUGUGGCCGCAUGACAUACCUCGAUAUGUACAAGAUGCUCCGUGACAUGUCCCCUCCGCUAGGUUUGGGAAAGAAAUGUCCACCCCGAGUCGCCUACAAGCGACUGGUGAAGAUGAAUAUGCCCAUUGCUGAUGACAACACAGUACACUUCACCUCCACACUGAUGGCCCUGAUCCGCACAGCCCUGGAAAUCAAACUGGCAUCUGGGGUCCUGGCACAGCGUUUGUGCGAUGCUGACCUGAAGAGAGAGAUCAGCAGAGUCUGGCCCAGCCUGCCACAGAAGACUAUAGACCUACUGGUGACACCACACAAGCGUAAGUGUGCACAUCUGUGACUGUGUGUGUCUGUGUUGUACAAUGAGCUUACUGUGGGGAAGGUCUACGCUGCCCUAAUGAUCUUUGAUUACUAUAAGCUGAAUCGUGCCAAGAGACUCCAACAACAGCAAUCUUCAGGACCUCAGGUACAACACAGCAAGAUGGCGGCCCUUUUCCGCCCUAUGCUGCCCUUAACUCACAUACAGGAAGCAGCGCCACCAGUCUCUACUUCCAGGCCACCACCCCCAACUCAGCCUGAACCAGUCUUCCAGCCUGAGGCCCUGUCCACCACCACCACAACCUCUACCACCACCACCACCAUAGCCACUUCCCUAACCAAUAGGGAUGCACUACUAAGUCGGAGAAGUGCCAUAAAACAUUCUCAGUCUGGAGAUGUAUCUCAGGCAGCCCAGAGGCCCAAGGGCAGGAGGAAUCUGCAGAGGGGCCAGUCAGAGGAUGUGCCAUACUCUACCAAACCUCAGGAAACGGUUGAGAUGAAACAGGUUGAGAAUAAUUCAGAUACUGAGGGAUAUCCUUGCCUGGAGGAACACAGCCGAGCAGCCUCAAUGCCGAGACUCAACGCUGAAUAUUAUCGGAGCCACCCUCGCCACGCCCCUGGGACCCACCUGGCACCAAUCGCCGACCUCAGCCCAAUCAGGCGCUCAGCAUCCUCACUGAAUCCUCAACACUCUCAGGAGGUGAGUCUGAAAGAGUAUUGCCUGGAUCGACCCAGCCAGGCCCAGUGCUCGACAGGUCAAGGGCAGGUCCAAGGCCAUGACAAAACCCACCACCAUCACCACCACCACCGCUGCCAUCGACGGAGAGAAAAAGACAAGGAGAAGAAACAGAAGUCUCUCGAUAGAACAGCCUCAAUGCAGCCUCCCAGCACUACCGCUGUACCCGCCGACCCUCCGGCUGGCAGUUCAUCUAGAGAGCGGGCGAGAGAGCGGGAUCGCGGCCGGUCUCAUGAGAGGAGGCACCACUCGGCAGCAGGAGAGAAGCAGCGCUACUACUCCUGCGAGCGCUACAGCAGCAGGGAGCAGUGCCAUGCCAAGUCUGCCGGCCCGAGUCGAUCCACCUCCCCUGGGGAGGGUCAGGACUCCGCCCUUGGCAAGCAGGGUGGCAGUAUGGCUAAAGGUAGCACUACGGCGCAAACCUCCGGGUCCGUCACACCUGGCCGUGGUCGCAGACAGCUCCCCCAGACCCCUCUCACCCCUCGCCCCGCUGUGGCUUACAAGACUGCCAACUCGUCACCUGUCCAGUCGACUGCCACCACCACAACUACCACAGGGCACCACUCUCGCCUCAGUCGCGGCCUCUCAGAGCAUGACCGCCUAAUAGGGGGCCAUGACGAGUCCCCGAUGCCUGUCACCUGCAUUGGCUUGGACCCCAGUCUGAGCCCCCAGCCACGGGAUGUGCCUCGAGGCCUUGUCGAGGAAGUGGAUGACUUCCAGGAUGCUGUGAGCACCCACGGAGGAGGACGCUCCCCCAGAACCGCUGCCUCUAACACGGCCACAGCCUUGCAUGGAGCUGCGGCCCCUGAAACUGCACCAACAACACAGGGCCGUGCGGGGGCAGUCCCAAACGGGUACCACUUCACCCUGGGGGUCAACACCGCAUCCGGAUCUGGCACCAGAGUAACAGGUAGUCUCAGGGAGCGAGAAGGGGAGGACUGGUGCUAG